AUGGCUGAAGAACGUGCUCCUCCUCUCCGUCUGGGCUCUGUCGCCCCUAACUUCGAGUCUGACACCUCCAACGGUCCCAUCAACUUCCACGACUUCAUUGGUGACAAGUGGGCUAUCCUCUUUUCCCACCCCGAUGACUUCACUCCCAUUUGCACCACCGAGCUCGGCGCCUUCGCCAAGCUCGAGCCCGAGUUCGCUGCCCGUGGUGUCAAGCUCAUUGGCCUGAGCGCCAACGGCACCGAGUCCCACCACCGCUGGAUCAAGGAUAUCGAUGAGGUUACCGGCUCCAAGCUGGCUUUCCCCAUCAUCUCCGACCCCGAGCGCAAGGUCGCUUACCUAUACGACAUGAUCGACUACCAGGACACCACCAACAUUGACUCCAAGGGUUUGGCCUUGACCAUCCGCUCCGUCUAUAUCAUCGACCCCAACAAGAAGAUCCGUCUCAUCCUGACCUACCCCGCCUCUACUGGUCGUAACACUGCCGAGGUUCUGCGUGUCAUUGAUGCUCUCCAGACUACCGACAAGCACGGUGCUACUACCCCUAUCAACUGGCUUCCUGGUGAUGACCUUGUUGUCCCUCCUACCAUUUCCACUGAGGCUGCUAAGGAGAAGUUCGGUGAAGUCCGUGAGGUCAAGCCUUACCUCCGCUUCGUCAACGUCAGCAAGAAGUAA